UGCUGCAUCUGGUCCUGUUCUAUGAGAACCGGCUGCAAGACCAUCACCUUGUGAUCCCCUCGGUGCUCCAGGGACUCCGAGCGCUGAGCAUGUGUGAGGUCCUGUCCCCAGGGCUAGCGGUGUCUGUGCUCAAAGCCAUCUUCCAGGAGGUACAUGUCCAGUCCCUGCUGCAGCUGGACCGCCACACAGUCUACAGCAUCAUCACCAACUUCAUGGGCACCAGGGAGGAAGAGCUGAAGGGCCUGGGUGCCGACUUCACCUUUGGCUUCAUCCAGGUGAUGGACGGGGAGAAGGAUCCCCGCAACCUGCUGGUAGCCUUCCAGAUCGUGCGUGAUCUCAUUGCCAAGAACUACACCCUGGGUCCCUUUGUGGAGGAGCUGUUUGAAGUGACAUCCUGCUACUUCCCCAUCGAUUUUACUCCACCUCCCAAUGACCCUCACGGCAUCCAGAGAGAAGACCUGAUCCUCAGCCUCCGGGCCGUACUAGCCUCCACGACCCAAUUUGCUGAGUUCCUGCUCCCUCUGCUCAUUGAGAAGAUGGACUCAGACCUGCAAAGUGCCAAGCUUGACUCCCUGCAGACUCUGACUGCCUGCUGUGCCAUCUAUGGGCAGAAGGAACUGCAGGAAUUCCUCCCCAGCCUCUGGUCAUCCCUGCGCAGGGAGGUGUUCCAGACAGCGAGUGAGAAGGUCGAGGCAGAGUGCCUGGCUGCACUGCACGCCCUCUCUGCCUGCCUCUCCCGUUCCGUGCUCAGCUCUGACACCGAGGAUCUGCUAGACUCCUUCCUCAGCAGCAUCCUGCAAG